AUGUGCCCUUACAAUACAGAAAUGAGGGAUAUUGUGAGGAAGAAUUUUACGGACACGCACAACUACCGAAGAAGCCAACUCGCUUUGGGGAAAGUUCCAAACAAAAACAACCAUUACCUCCGAGAGGCUUCAGACAUGAUAAAAUUGGAAUGGGAUUGCUGGUUGGAAAGAAAUGCAACAGAAUAUGUUCGUACUUGCCCGUAUAAGGAAUCGGAUGAAACUGAAAGAUCGGGGAUUGGAGAGCUUCAUGCACGGGUGCCCGUAGAAGGCGACUUCAAAGCUGGAGCUUUAGCGGCUGUUAAAAGAUGGUGGAGUAUUGCACGUAAGGUAUCUGUGGAUAAAUGCAUCGGAGACGAUGCGAAGUUUGGGAAGGAACUAAUCGGCGGGGAAAUCAAAAGUUUCACGCAGGUAAGAAACUAUGACAACUUUGUUGGAAAUAAUUAUCUCAUUGUCGUCUGUACUGUUGCAUAG